AUGGCAGACUCUCACCAAACAAACGACGGACUCGAACAGCCGCUUCUCACCGCCGACGAGGCCGAGGAAUCGCCACCACAAGUCGACAGCCGAGCGGCUGGUUACGGGACUACCACUGCCCCGGCUUCUUCUCGUAAGGCCCACGAGGAACAAAGAGGCACGUUCACACGCAACCUCGGAGCCGUCGAGGCGUUCGGAAUCCUAGUCAGCAUCGUAAUCGGCAGCGGUGUCUUCACAUCUCCCGGUGCCAUAGAUACGAACGUGCCUUCGCCGGGCGCCGCGCUCCUGGUCUGGCUCUUGGGAGGCGUGUUAGCGUGGACGGGCGCCAGCACCGUGGCCGAACUCAGCACAGCCAUCCCGGGCGAAGGAGGCGUCCAGCCCUACCUCCAGUACAUUCUCGGCGAGGUAGCCGGGUUCCUGGCCGCCUGGACAUGGGUCGUGGCCGUCAUGCCGGCGACGCUGGCCAUCCUCAGCAUCGUCUUCGUCGAGAGCGCCUUCUCGGCCGCCGGCGUCACCGACCAGGCGGCCGGCCUCCCCCACAAGCUGCUGUCCGUCCUGGUCCUGCUGGUCAUGAGCGUCGCCAACUCCAUCAGCACCAAGGCGAGCACGCGGCUGAACGGCUUCUUCGUCCUGACCAAGUUCGUUACCAUCUUGGCCGUCGUCGUGGCGGGGUUGGCGGUCGUGCUGCUGCGGAUCAGGGACCCGGACAGGGACGUCGGGGGGCGCGACUGGUUUGAGAAGUCCUGGUUUGCCUAUCGCAAAACGACCAAUCCCGACGGAAGCGAGACCGACUGGGCAAAGCUCGGCCAGUGGGACACGCUUGGGCAUUAUUCCGCAGCUCUAUACGGAGCUCUGUGGGCCUAUUUUGGGUGGGAUAAGGCUAUCUACGUCUCUGCCGAGCUAAGGUCGCCGGCCCGGCAGCUACCUCUGGCCAUCAAUUCGGCCAUCCCGACUAUCGUCGUGAGCUUCCUAGCCGCCAACGCAGCCUAUUACAUCCUCCUCCCAUGGAAGGUGAUAUCUACGACGGACAGUGUAGCUGUGACCGCGAUCACUCGUCUGCUAGGUCAAGGCUUCGGCAUAGUGGCGGCGAUUCUAAUCUGCCUAGUAGUCGCAGGUUCCCUCCUCGGCAACUCGUUCGUGGCAGGCCGGAUGGCCGUGGCAGCUGCCAACAAGGAUUGGUUCCCUCGACUGUUCGCAGCGGUGGGACGCAUCGGCCCGCAUGCUGCGGGCACCAACAAAUCGGCCUCGGACGCACCAAUCAACGCCAUCAUCCUGUCGUUCAUCCUCGCUACGGUGUAUAUCCUCGUGGGAAACUUCCGCGCGCUGCUAACCUUCAAUGGUUUGGGCGAGUAUACGUUCUUCUUUCUAACCGUGCUGGGAGCCAUCAUCCUGCGAUUCCGAGAGCCAGGACUGCACAGGCCCUAUCGACCAUUCAUCGUCGUCCCCGUGAUCUUCGCGCUUGUCAGCGGCUUCGUUGUGGUGCGGGGUGCCGUCUUCGCACCGGUGCAGGCGGGAGUCUUGUUGGCGGUAUGGGCGUCGGGGUUGGCAUUCUACUGGGCGAGGAGGAGGUGGUUUGCCAGGGUAUGA